CAGCCUCCGCACGCUCUAGGUUUCGCUUAGAUCCAGCGAAAGCCAGAGAGCACAUCGGUCGCAUCAAACGCUUUCGCAUUCUCGUCAUGGGAAGAGCCAAUGCAGGUAAAACAACAAUCCUGCAGAGGGUCUGUGAUACUACGGAUGAACCAGAAAUUUUCAAUGCAGAAGGAGAGAAGGUGGAUGCUACUGUGGUGCAGGGUUCCCUAAAGCGUGGCUACCACAACAUCGAGGAUGAGCUGGUUUUCAAAAGUAAUGAACGCUUUGUAUUCCAUGACUCACGUGGAUUUGAAGCCGGAAGUGAAGGGGAGUUUGAUAUGAUGAAAGAAUUCGUGAUGGAACGUGCCAAGACAACCAAGCUUGACAAGAGAAUUCAUGCCAUAUGGUUUUGCAUUCCUUUGAAUGAUAGCCACAGGAUGGUCACAGCUGCAGAAAAGAAGUUUUUCGAUGAGUGUGAUACAGGACAUGUGCCUGUAAUUGUAUUGCUAACAAAAACAGAUACUUUGGCCUUGGAUGCUUUCCAGGAGCUCAUUGAGGAUGGUUUGGAUGAAGAAGAUGCAAUGAAAAAGGCUGCAAAGGUAGAAAGAAGGAACCUGAAUGAGUGUGUUGUAAAGGUCAAGGGUUGGUUGGAUGUGUUGAGGUUUCCACCACAUGACUAUCUGUCACUCACUGAAAUGGACAAAGAGGGUGCUGAGUGUGCACCCCUACUAACAUGCACAGCAAAUGCCUUAAGUGAGGAAGGAUUGCAGCAGCUGCUCAUAUCAUCACAGCAGUCAAACUUGGAACUGUGUUUGGAGUUUGCAAUAACAAAAUUAAACCAGCAAGUCUUUCAUAUAUCCUCUCAUGCUGGUUUCCAUAUAGGGUCUGUGAAAUUCCAAAAAAUCUGAUUUCAUGGAUACUAAUUUGGCUAUGGCUUGGGAUUCAUAGCAU